GGAACCAUUAAAUACCAUUAGUGUACCAUUACAGACCAUCAGUGUUACACUACAGAGAGUGAAAACACAGCGCUUUGAGUCAGAACACGCUGUAAAGGCUUGAAACUGUGUGAGCAGGGUGGUGGUACUGAAUCAGAUGUAUGUUAGGGUGGUGUUUUGUUGGAGAAAGCGCAGUUAGACGGAUGACUGGGAUACAAAGAGCAGCUCCACGCUGCAGCUGCACGCGCUGAUGUUCCGCUACUACACUAUUUAAGGUUGCGUUAACAAACGGAAGAUCUGCUUUAUUACACUUCAAGAUGUCGCGUCGAAAGCAGACAAAGCCGAGUCCUCUGGAAGAUCAUGAAAUGGACCUUGAAAUUUCGAGAAUUCCAGCUCCCUACAUGGAAAGAGAGGAGGAAGAAAGAUUACUGCAGGAUGAUUGCGAGUAUCACAGUGAAUCCUCAGAGAGAGAAAAGAAGAUCACAGUGGAGUCCCAGAAAAUCUCUCUGCUGGAGCUCAUGAAGAAACAGAUCACUGUCAAGAGACAGAGGGAUUUCUUGGACAGUGAUGAGGAGUCUGUUGUUUCUUAUAAACUUUACCAGGAACUUCAGGAUAGUUACGUAAUACUGAAAAAACGUCUCAGAGAGAAGGACGUGAUUAUUGCAGAGAAGGACACUGCAAUUAGAAAGCUGAGCGAAAAGUGCAGAAGGAUGACGGUGGAGCUGGACAAAAUCAGACAACUGAAUAUUUGCCUUCAAGAACAACUUUUUUUAAAUGAAGAAGGAACGCAGACACAACACACAAUUUACACAGAAAACACAGAAUGUUCGUAUGAGCCCUAUGAAAAUGUAUUGGUUCCUAAUGUGAAUGAGCUUAAAGAACCCCCACCUGAGGAUCUCUUAGAGAAGGACUUCGGGAGGGUGGACCUAGGACAUGGGGUCCUUUUGGACAAACAAAAAUGGAAGGCCAUCCAAAGAAUGGAUUCUCAUUCUAAGUUUUGUAAGUCGUUGGCUGUAGCCAUCUGGGGCCUUGAGACGCUAAAGGAGAGGAGUGUGACCGGCUCCAAAUCAAAUGCCAUCAAAGGGUCCGUGGCGAAGCCUCCACUAUCACCAGAGAAAGUUGGUGUCAUUAGAGAGUGCCUGAAGGACCGACUACAGCAGCGUGGCUAUCAGAAGGAGGAAGUUGAUGGGCAGCUGCGUUUAGUUCGACGUUUUCUGUCUGAGAAAAUCUGCGACAUCAAAAGGAAAGUCAGUAUAAAUUUAGAGGGUACCAGCCCCUCCACUAGUUCACAACUUUCUCAGACCUGAAGAUUCGCCACUCGUUUUGCUACUGGGUGCCACAAGAUCUACAGCUACAAAGGACUAUGAAUGACUGUAAAGUGGAACAAACUUUCCUCCAUUAGUUAAACAAAGUGCAUUUUUAGGUUCAACCCAAUUAUGGAACAGUUGUAUAUACUACAGUGUUAUUAUCAAAUGUGAUGUAAUGCACAUUAAACCACAACACUGUUGAAUUCUCAAACCUGACUGGUCAUCAGAUGUUGAUUCAUUUUCUAUAACAGCAGCUCUGACAGUAGUGCCAUCUCUAAUUCAAAUCAUAGGUUUAUAUUAAUGUGGUCGUUUAAAUACGUUAUUGUUUCCGUAGUAAAAAGGGUAUGGAGGGCACUCCACAAUAAUCUACAGCUAUUCAAAAUGGAUUUAAAAAAGAUGUCACUUCAAACAAAGUAAAGUGUAUAAUUAUUGAUAUGGUAAAGCUUUCUGUAAGGAAACGUUUAUUUACCAUUUAUGGAAGGAGUCUCGGUUGACAGUGCUUUGUAAUGGUCAGUUUUCUGCCACAGGAAAAUCUUCAGGACAGAGAACUUUGUGCAUUUCAGUUUCUCAGUAACUUCAAGAAAGUAAAAAGAGAGGCUGGCGAGAGAACAACUGUUCAUAGCUGCUAUAAUGUAAGUGAUAACUGGAACUAACUUGUUCCAUAACAUUAAACAAAACUAGCUAUAAAUGGAUAAAGUAUGUCGUGUCAUUCAUGAAUAAAUUAAUAAGUUGUAAUCUUUGUCAAAUUACUGUGGUAUAACUUCAGGGAGGUAACACAUCACGCAGGCUGCUGUUGUUGAUUAUUUUCCUAUAACAAAACACCCUGUGGUGUUUUAUUCCUUACUUGUAGUUUUAUUACAUUUUAUAUGUAAAUCCAAUUUUGUUUACAUAGUGCACUAUGUAAUUUUGUUCCUUGAUAUUAUGUUUUUAUGUGUAGGGGUUUUUUUUUUUUUUUUCUCAAAUAUUACCCUUGUAAUCCAGAAUAGUAGAUUUCACCAACCAUUUCAGCGAAGAUGAUUGAAAUAGAUUAUUUAUUAUUAUGUGUAGUUGGUGGUGAGUUAACAGGUCAGAAGCUCUUGAAUGUUCAUAAUCUGCAAAAAUGAAUUUACCAAACAUAAAGUCACAAGAUUGAAAGGAGAAA